AUGUCUACGCCUGCAAAAAGAAGACUCAUGAAGGACCUAAGGACAGUCAGAACAAGCUUAGAUAAGACAAUAUUUGCAGAGCCACUCGAGGAUGACCUAAUGACAUGGGUAGCCGUGGUGCUUGGCCCUGAGGAAACCCCGUUUGAGUCAGGGACAUUCAGCUUGGUACUCAAGUUUCCCGAGACGUAUCCUCAAGACCCCCCAAAUGUAAAGUUCAUCUCGGAAAUGUUCCAUCCGAACAUUUAUCCAAGUGGCGAUCUUUGCCUGGACAUACUAAACAACCGCUGGAACCCAAGCUAUGAUGUCAUGGGGGUUCUCAUCUCGAUCCAAUCGCUACUCAACGACCCAAACACAAAGUCGCCUGCAAACCUGGACGCUGCUUCUCUUUUCGCGUCGGAUCCUGAUGCAUAUGCAAAAAGAGUCAGGCAGUUGGUUGUGAAAAGCUGGAUCGACGUGGAAUUGCAAGCACAGAAGGACGAACCUAAAAAUAGCAUAUCAACUAGCACAGCAAACAGCGAUCCAUAA